AAGCAGUUAGUUGCAUCCAUCAGCCAGCGAGCGAUAUCUAGGCAAUAAACAGUCAAGAUGAUCUGCUCAACUGUGCGUGCCGGUGCUGCUUCUAGGACGGCGGUUGCCCGCAGCAAGACGGUCAAGGUGACGGCUCGCGGCAGCUGGAGGGACAGUUCGUCUGUCACCACAAAGGUUCCAAGCCGCUCUUCCUCGUCUGCCAACCGCGUGAGCCCCACUCGCUCGGUGCUCCCUGCCAACUGGCGCCAGGAGCUCGAGAGCCUUCGCAAUGGCAACGGCAGCGCUCCCUCAGCCCCCACUCCUGCCGCCCCCGCUCGCUCCUCCUCUGCCAACUGGCGCACCGAAUCAUCUUCCUCGGCACCCAAGCCCGCCUCCUCCGCCCCAGCCCGCCCCAGCUCCAGCCCGCGCCGUACCGUGACCCCCAACCGCUCUUCUCUUCCGCCCAACUGGAAGCAAGAGCUCGAGAGCCUCCGUAACGGUAACGGUAACGGCAGCAGCAGCAGCUACAGCAGCUACAGCGCCCCCGCCCCCGCUCGCUCCUCUUCUGCUAGCUGGCGCACCGAGGCUGCCCCCGCGGCUCCUGCUGCUGCUGCUCGCCCCAGCUCCAGCCCCCGAAAGGCGGUGGUCCCUGCUCGUUCCUCCCUGCCUCCCAACUGGAAGCAGGAGCUGGAGAGCCUGCGUAACGGCAACGGCAGCUCCUCCUCCUCCGCUUCUUAUGCCGCCCCUGCCGCUGCCCCUGCUCGCUCCUCAUCUGCCAACUGGCGCACCUCCCCCGCGCCCUC